AUGGCACCUCCCAAGUCCUGGCUAGCUAUCCCGAAAGACAGCGAAUUCUCCCUCUCCAACAUUCCCUUCGGGAUCAUAAAUUCUAAGGGUUCUCCUUUGGAAAAGCGUCCCGCUAUCGCAAUUAGCGACCAUGUUCUCGACCUAAAGGCCUUCUCCAAGGGGGAUGGCUUCGCUGGUCUUGCCUCGCUCUCCAAAGAGCACCUGGAGGUCUUUUCCCAAUCGACGCUCAAUGCGUUCGCAGCGCUUGGCCAACCAGUUCAUAAUUCAGUACGUGAGUAUAUUCAGGAUGUAUUCUCGGAAACUACGUCGCGCCCGGAAAUUUUGAAGGACAACGACGCCUUGCGGAAGGAAGCUCUGUUGCCGAAACAUGAGACAAAGACACAUCUGCCAAUGGAAAUUGGAGACUAUACUGACUUUUUCGCUGGCAAGAACCAUGCUUUCAAUACUGGAGCCCUUUUCCGUGAGCCUAAAAACGCUCUCCAACCAAAUUAUACCCAUCUCCCCGUUGGCUACCACGGCCGUGCCUCCUCCGUCGUGGUCUCUGGAACCCCAAUAACUCGACCGUCUGGCCAAAUCCUCCUGGACCCCACUGCCGAUCCAAAAGUUCCGGCAUUCUCCGCAAGUCGGCUUCUAGACAUAGAACUCGAACUGGGAUGCUUCAUCUGCAAAGGCAAUGAUAUGGGCUCUCCCAUCUCCAUAAACAAACAAGCGGAAGAGAGCAUAUUUGGUUUUGUCUUGAUGAACGACUGGUCCGCACGCGAUAUCCAAGCCUGGGAGUACGUACCGCUCGGCCCAUUUAAUGGCAAGAAUUUUGGUACCACGAUAAGUCCAUGGGUUGUCUUACCCUCUGCACUUGAUUCCUUCCGCGCCGAAAAGAUCCCAAACGAGGCGAAAAUUCUCCCAUACUUACAGGAAUCCCGCCAAGAUACCGUAUACAACAUAUCUCUCUCCGUCGACCUAACAACCUCAGAAGGCGACACGACCACAAUAUCCCGUGUCAGCGCCUCAAAUCUACUCUGGAGUUUCCCCCAGAUGAUUGCGCAUCAUAGUGCUGGGGGGUGCCCUAUGCGGACAGGGGAUUUGUUGGGGAGUGGGACCAUUAGUGGGACUGGAGAAAACGAUUUGGGGAGUUUAUUGGAGAUGAGCUUGGGUGGGAAGAAGGAUAUUAUGCUGACAGGUAUGCACGUGAGACGGUUUUUGGCGGAUGGGGAUACAGUUACGAUACGAGGUGUCUGCGGGGAGGAGGGUAGUUAUGUUGGGUUUGGGCAGUGUAGUGGGACUGUUGCGAGUGCGGUGCCCUUUUAG